UGCAUUUAAUGUUUUAAUAAUCACUGCUUCAUUGGAAUAUCGUUUAAACUUCGUAUAUCCCAUGAGUCUGACAUUGGAAGAUCACACAGAGAAGACUGAAAAUAUUCGAAACAAGAAAAAACAAAACAACCAAAAAUGGAAAGCGAUAAAAGCGAGGCGCAGUGCCACAUGGGUUUCACCUGCAACGGAUGUCAGCGCAGGAAUUUUCCGGGCCGUCGGUUCCAUUGCCUGGCCUGCUUCGAGGAGUUCAACCUGUGCAACGGCUGCUAUGCCCUCGAUGUGACCACCGAGGACCACAAGUUCGAUCAUGCGAUGCACUGCAUCCUCACACCGGCCAGCAUGGCCUUGUUCUACACCAAGGACGAGCUGCGGCGCGGCAAGCUCCCAGUGCUAAUCCGCUGUCCCUACUGCAAGAUAAACAAUUUCAAUUUGGAGGAGUUCGAACAGCAUCUGAAGGAGCUGCAUCCCGAUGCAGAUCCCGGCCUGCUGACCUGUUACAAGAUGAAUGCCUAGGGGGAGGAGUGGGUCGAGCCAUUUCAAUAAAGUCAAUUAUGUGGCAGCACGAAAUCUUCUAAGGUUUCGCCCCAAACUAA